AUGGCAGCACUGAGCAGCCCACAAUGUCUCUUCAACUCGCGGGCCGCGCUGCAGAGAGUCUUUUCCCUCGCGACGUCGCCCGCACAAGCACGACACCUCGCCGCGACUGGCCACGUGCUGCACUCGCAGGUGCGCACCUAUGCCGCCGGGCCGCCUCCGCGACGCGGCCCUCGCGGGCACCGCUCCGUCGACUCGGUCGCCGACGGGCCCGGCGCCAACGACGACCGCGGCUUCAGCCCGCUGUUCACGACGGCCGCGGACAUUGAGCGCUCGCAAAAGGACCGCAUGCCGCAGGACUUUGAGAUUAAAGACCCCAAGAUCAUGGUCCUCGAGAACGGGUCGAUUGCGGGCCCCCUGUCGACGCGAUACGUCAUGAGCAAGCUCGACGAGAAGACGGAGUCGCUGCGCAUGAUUCGGCCGUACAUCCCCAAGGGCUCCCCCCUGCGCAAGGGCAACAAAGCGGCCGAGGACGGCGCUGGACCGACGCCCACCAGCCAAAGAGGAGCAGGAGCCGAGCCGGGGGCCGCAGCAGGGCCAGUGACACAGCAGGAGCAGUUUGCCCUCUGCGAGAUUGUCAACAAGUUCGAGGCGUUCCUCAAGGAGCAGGAGCGCAAGCAGAAGAAAAAGGCCAGCGCGAAGCCCAAGACCAAGGAGAUGGAGCUGACGUGGUCGAUCAGCGAGCACGACCUGCAGACGAAGCUGCGGCAGCUGGGCGGGUUCCUGGCGAAAGGGAUGAAGGUGCACCUGGUGCUGGGGCGGAAAAAGGGCGGGCAAAAGGUGGACGACGAGACGAUGAGGGCGCUGCUCAAGAGGAUACAAAGGGAGAUUCAGACGCUGGACGCGCGCGAGGUGAAGCCGCGCGAGGGGGAGGUGGGCCGGACGAUGAGGCUGCAUCUGGAAGGGGUUGUGAAGAAGCAGACGUGA